AUGCCUGGCAAUGGAGGGGUGCAUGUCCGAAGCACUCUCUAUACUACUGGAUUGAUAUACAUUGCUUGUCAGAUUGCUUUCGUCUCAUUUCUUAGCUCUUAUUACAAUUGUGGCUUCAGUAAUGUCACUUUUUGGUUACUCGAUCGAUUAGAAGAGAAUGAUUACAUGCGGGAAAAGAUUGAUUUGGUUAGAGAUUGGGUUGAUGCAGCACAGGAAACAACAAAGGAAAAAUUUUCGAGAAAAACUCGUGGAAGUGUUGAAGAGAAUUCAGCUCCAAUCACAGCGGAUAUUUCAUCACCAGGAUUGAGUCGAUCUGUGUUCACUCCGGAACAACUAUUGCUUUUUGAUGGGACUCGAGCCUCAAGACCCGUCUAUUUAGCCAUUCUUGGAAGGGUUUACGACGUCGACAAAGGUAAAAAGCAUUAUGGAAAGGGUGGCGGAUAUUCAUUCUUCGCUGGAAAAGAUGGAUCACGAGCGUUUGUCUCUGGGGAUUUCACGCCGAAUGGUCUCAUUGAUGAUUUGAGUGGAUUAGGUCAUGAUGACUUGUUGGGUAUCCGAGAUUGGGUUUCAUUUUACGAGAAAGACUAUACGUUGAUCGGCGUCGUAACUGGUCGUUACUACGAUGCGCAAGGGAAUCCGACUGAUGAAUUGAAAGAUGUGUUAGCGAGAAUGGAGGUGGCAGCCCAAUGGAGAGCACAAAAAGCUGCAGAAAAUGAGGUUUUCCCUCCAUGCAACUCGGAAUGGAAAAAAGAAAGCGGUGGUCGAAUGUGGUGUUCAACGAAAAGUGGAGGAAUACAGAGGGAUUGGGUUGGUGUACCAAGAAAAUACACUGAUCCAACAGCAAAAGGAACUCGAUGUGCGUGUGUGAAAAAUUUCGGCCCUGGUCUCUCCGUUCACGCGGCACAAGGAGCAAAUCGCGGUGAUCUCGAUCAUCCAUUUCUAAGUGAAUACGAGGAUUGUUCGCCGACCUCGAUGAGCUGCAAGAUACUCGAUUGGAAC